GCUAGUCGCCCGCACCGCCGCGCCCGCUUCCGUCACCGACGGUUAGUCGCCCGGUCUGCACCUCCUCGGCUGAAAUUAGUGUCCGUUUGCUGAAGCAAAGUCAGAGACUGGCUUCUCUUCUUAAAGUUAGAGGAGCCAGAUCCGAUUAAGAGUGCAUCGAGAUAGGAGUAGCUAGGGAGCACAACCAACCUCAUACACUGCAUCCAACUAUCAAACCACAAAGCUCAGGGAGAUGGCAAGCAACGAUGGAGAAGAAGCUGCUGCUGGCAACAUCAAUCCCCUGCUGCUGGCAUCGGCGCGCGUAGGCUCCAGAGAGGCGUUGGACUUCCUUUUCCAGCGAGAAGACGCACAAGAUCCACCAAUGAUGAAUCCUACCGAAGAGUUUUUUGAGCUUCUAGCGAAAGCCAACAGAGAAAUUGGGGUGCCAGCUCCUCUUGAUGCUGAACUGGGCAUGGACCUCCAGCCUACUUUGCUUGCAGCAGGAGCGCUCCUCCAGGGCAUCGCUGCUGAUGGGAAUACUGCACUACAUGUGGUCGCCAGCAAUGGCGAUGACCAGGAUUUCUUGAAGUCUGCCCGCAUAAUCUGCGGCAGGGACAGGAGGCUCCUGUUAACGAAGAAUCACAAUGGUGACACACCCUUGGAUUGUGCUCGCAGAGCUGGGAACCCCCAAAUGGUGUCUUAUCUCAUUGAUUUAGCUGGACGUGAAGCUGCACCUCGUGACAUCAAUCCCCUGCUGCUAUUAUCGGUGCGCAAUGGCUCCUCAGAGGCCCUGGGUUUCCUUUUCCAACGAGAAGACCGACAAAAUCCGCAGUUGUUGAUUCCUACUGAUGAAUUUUGUGGAUGUCUACGAGGAAUUAGGAUGCCAGAUCCUCCUGAUGCUGAACUGGGCGUCGACCACCAGCGAGCUUCGCUUGCAGCAGGAGCACUCCUCAAGGGCGUCACUCCUGAUGGGGAUACCGCGCUACAUGCGGUCGUCGGCAAAGGGGAUGGCCCAGAUUUCCUGAAGUGUGCUGACACAAUCUGUGCCAGGGACUGGGACCUCCUGUUUGCGAAGAAUCAUAAUGGCGACACACCCUUGCAUUGUGCUGCUCGAGCUGGAAACACCGAAAUGGUAUCUCGACUUAUUGCUCUAGCUGGGCUUGGAGCUGGAGGUGAGCGUCCCAACUGGAAGAUCAAGCUCUUGAGAAUGGAAAAUAAGCGUCAUGAGACAGCCUUGCACGAGGCUAUCCGAAUAGAAAACGGUAGAAUCCUGGGUCCUAAGGACAGAGAAGCUUUGUUUCAAGCUGACCGCGCAACAGAUGAAAAGAUUAAAAUUUUUGUGGACCAACAAACAGGAAUGACUAUAGUCAAGCAGCUAAUGGGUGCUGAUCCCCAAUUGGCUAAUUAUCCCGCUAACGGCAUUUCACCAUUGUACCUUGCCAUCUUCCUGGAUAAGGAUUCCAUUGCACUGACUCUAUAUCAAGAGAGUGGUGGCAAUCUCUCCUAUUCCGGAGCAGAUGGACAAAAUGCCUUGCAUCUUGCUCUUCUUCGGGACAGAGACAAAGUGAUGGUAGAGCUCCUACUGGAUUGGAACAAGGAUCUUACUAUGCAAGUGGACAAAGAUGGGAGUACGCCACUUCAUUUUUCUUCAUCGAUUUUCUACUGGACGUACUUAUUUCUGCGUAUUCAACUCCUCCCAAGACCCCCUUGGUGUUUUUUUCACUGGUUUCCCUGGAUUUAUUCAUGGACACUUGAGAAAGUAUACAAAGCGAACCCUGCAGCACUAUAUCAGGCAGACAAGAACGGAUUCUUUCCCAUACAUGUGGCUGCCUCUGUAGGUGGCAAAGGAAACAUCCAAUUUUUCCUUCGGGAGUGUCGGGAUAGUGCCGGAUUGCGCGACGCCACAGGAAAGACGUUCCUUCAUGUUGCCAUUGAGAAAAGAAGAUUUGACAUAGUCUCAUAUGCAUGUCGAAAUCCAACUUUACCUUGGAUUCUGAAUAUGCAAGACAGUGAUGGGAACACUGCACUGCACUUAGCUAUCAAGGCUGGGAGCUUUAGGAUGUUCUGUGCUCUGUUUGGCAAUCGGAAGGUGAAUUUGAAUCUAACAAAUAACAAAGGAGAAACUCCCCGUGAUUUAUCCCGAAGUAAGCUUCCAAGUGGAAUGUAUUAUGUUCAGAAUUCUGAAAAUAGAAUAUACCAUGCCUUGUGGUCUGUUAGGGCGAACCACAGUGGCCUCCGCGGUGAUACGGCUGAGGAAAAGUACAGUCGCCGUACAAACCCUGAGAAAGAGGAAAAAGAAUCAGAGAAGCUAAAAGCUAUAACACAAUCGUUUAUGGUUGCUUCAGUCCUAAUAGCAACUAUGGCAUUCACUGCAACUUUUGCCAUACCUGGAGGUUACAGAGCCGAUGAUCAUACAAAUGGAGGUACGCCAACGCUUGCUGGGGGAUAUAUUUUUGAUGCGUUCAUGAUGGCCACCGCAUUAGCUUUCAUCGUCUCCUUACUAGCUACCGUAGGGUUCAUGUAUGCGGGAAUUCCCAUGAUCAACUUGAGCACGCGCAAAAUCUACCUAGGCACAUCCGUGCUUCUCAUGACCGGUUCAGUCGUAUGCAUGUCUAUUGCUUUUGCACUGGGUGUGUAUAUGAUGCUAGCUCCGGUUGCUUGGAACACCGCUGUUGCAAUUUGUGUAGUUACUCCUCUCGCAUUUGUAGCUAGAGAGAUCGAAUCUCUUAUAAAAUCCGCAAUUCUUGUGCGACCGUUGGUGAUUAGGAAAGGGCUGUUCCUAGGAGUAGUACAAUUACUAUAUUGGAACAUUUUCCGUAUGGCCACUACACUUUGGCCGUUCGUAGUUAUCUUUGGUUGGGGCGGGUUGGCAAGGAUCCACCACGGCCGGUAAACAAUACGUAAAUAUUUGCUUCUCCAGAAAUGGUGUUGAGUUUGGAAGACUGGUUGAAUUUGUUGUAAUACGUAAUCCUUGUCACAAUAUGUUCCUGAAUAGAGGUGCAUGUGCUCUGCACCUAUG